AUCCCUCGGAAUUCAGAUGAGGGUAUCAGCUGGACUAAUGAUUGGUGGCUCGUGUGUGGCGACUGCGGCCACCAUACUCAACGCGUUCCUGAUCAACAAACAGUUCUAUCCAUCAAUCGUAUAUCUCUCAAAAAGCAAUGCAAGUAUGGCAGUGAUAUAUGUUCAAGGAAUUGUUCUUGUAUAUCUCAUGUUCCAAUUGCUCAAGUCUAUUUUAUUCGGAGAUUUGAGAGCUGCAGAGGCUGAGCAUCUGUCAGAACGUACAUGGCAUGCAGUUCUGGAAACAUGUCUCGCAUUCACUGUAUUCCGUGAUGAUUUCUCAGCAAUAUUCGUUAUGCAAUUUAUUGGUCUUCUAUUUAUCAAAUGUUUCCAUUGGCUGGCAGAUGAUCGAGUUGAUAUGAUGGAGCGUAGUCCUGUUAUUACACUACGAUUCCAUCUUCGAAUGAUGACUGUACUUGCUGCUCUUGGAUUUGCCGAUUCGUAUUUCGUGUCAAGUGCCUAUUUUACAACGAUUACUCGUGGUGCCAGUGCUCAGAUUGUAUUCGGAUUCGAAUACGCCAUUCUUCUUGCACUUGUACUCCACGUGACAAUUAAAUACUUACUGCAUAUGCAUGAUCUUAGGAAUCCUCAAUCUUGGGAUAACAAAGCCGUUUACCUGCUCUACGCAGAACUUUUCAUCAAUCUGAUCCGUUGCCUUCUUUAUGGAUUCUUCGCCGUUGUAAUGCUUCGAGUUCAUACAUUCCCACUCUUCUCAGUUCGUCCGUUCUAUCAAUCAGUAAGAGCUCUUCACAAAGCAUUCCUCGACGUUAUUCUUUCUAGAAGAGCAAUUAAUGCUAUGAACAGCCAAUUCCCAGUAGUAUCAGCUGAAGAUCUAGCUGCAAUGGAUGCUACUUGCAUCAUCUGUCGUGAAGAAAUGACUGUCGAUGCUUCACCAAAACGACUACCAUGUUCCCAUGUGUUCCAUGCCCAUUGUCUCCGCAGUUGGUUCCAAAGACAGCAAACAUGUCCAACUUGUCGAACAGAUAUUUGGCAGGGAAGAAAUGGUGCGGCAGCAGGAGGAAAUGCGGCUGAUGCUGCUGCUAAUGUGGCGGAUGCAAACGUGGCUGGUGCACAAAUUGGGGCAGGAAUGCCUCCAUUCCUACCUUUCCUCGGACAUCAGUUUGGAUUUCCACAACAACCAGCUGGUGCCGGAGGUGCUCAGCCUGGAGCAGCACAAGCUGGUGGGCAGCCUGGACCAUUCCCUCAUCAAAUAUUCUAUGCACCGGCUCCAGCUAAUCGUCCAGAAUUCAUGAAUCUUAUUCCACCGCCACCACUUCCAAUGGCUGGACCACCUGGAAUGUUCCCGAUGAUGCCUCCACCACCACUACCACAGGUUAAUACAACACAAGGAACUUCUAGUGAAACUCCACCAGUCAACCCAUCUUACUCACAACUUUCCACUGAAGAGCUUCGUCGAAUGGAAGGCGAGUCGAGAGAAGCGCUUCUGGCACGUCUUCAAGCAAUGGACAACAUUAUGGUUCUUCUCGAGUCCGCACAAAUGCAAAUGAUUCAAUUGGCAACGGUUACUCCGAUCCGUCCUCGUCCAGUUGUCCCUAGUGAUGAAUCAGAACAAGAAGCUCCCGGACCGUCAACAGAUCAAGUCACUUCGGAAGAACAAGAAAUACCAGCAACAUCUUCAGCACCUUCUAUCUUCCGUACUGAAUCUCCCUCAACAUCCUCAACCGCUCCAUCAACAUCAUCUCCGGUAACUGCGUCUUCCACACCAACAACUUCUUCCACUCGAACUCCAGAAGCCGAAGAAGUCCGUCAAAGACGCCUAGCACGUCUUCUAGGGGAGAACGCAAAUCAGUAAUCCUGAAUUACCUGUAAUUAAUUUCUCGUUGUCUAUUCUUGUGAUUUUCGGUUUUUCUCUCCCAAAGACCUACUCGAUUGGGUUUCUCACGUGUAUUCUGUAUGCUAUUAUUUGUUUCUAGUAAGUUAUUAUAUCAAAUUUAAAAUGGUUCCACUUUCUCUCAAGUCCAAUCCAUUUCUUGUCAUUUAACGCCUCCCCCUUGCACUUGGUUUUUCGAAUGAAAUCGUCUUUG